UUCAAAUAUAAAGGCCAGUGUACACACAAUACGUAUGCAUCACACAAUGGUACUGCACUAUAUAUGUACUAGAAUAAUUUGAUACGCGAACGCAUACGCCGCAGAGUUUUCAGCUUUACAAAAUUGGAGGAAAAUAUUUGAUAUAUACUGUGCCAAUACUCUGAAAUGGCUUUUAUUCGUACUUAGUUUGAAUGAAAAUACUUUUGACUAUCAAACAAAAUUUGUCAUAAAUUUUUAACUAUUAUAUUUAUCGAUCUACAUCGAAGUAUAUGGUUGUAUUGAAUUAAGUUUAUGUAUUUUUUAGAGUAUUUCAAAGUAUAAUAAAAUUAAAUGAAGUAUGCGAUGCAUGAUAUGUUUGAUAUUAUUUUGUAUCCCAUGUUUUAUCGAAACUACCAAUGUUGAUGUUGAAGGGUCUCUUGUUCUAUCAAGAGAAGUUAAGAUAAGUGACGAACAUUCAAUUGAAGACAAUCCUCUAAGAAAAAGUCAAGCUGGAAAAAAGAAAAAAACAUCGAAACAUCGAAGAGAAAACGUUACCGAUGUAAAUGAAAGUGAACAUAAUAGUCACACAGACAAACCUAAGAAAGUAGAAGACAUCAAAGAUGUAGAAGAUUUUGCCCGCCAUGUGUUUAAAAAUUCCAUAAAAAUAAUUAAAUCAAUCAAUCGAAGAUUGGACAAAAAUCUUAGAUCAAAAGCGAACUUUUCAGAAGAAGCAUAUAAAUGGAAGUUUAUGCAAUUCAUCAAUGAUUCUCUCAGUCACACGUUGAGGACAGGAUCAGGAACUCAAAAGUUCAUAUUAAAUACAAUACAAACUUCUACUAAUAUUUUACGAAGACUUACUAAUAAUUUUUUGUUAAACACUUUUAAACAAGGCCCCGGAGGCAAUGUAGAAGAAACUAUUCUUAAAGAAAUUGACAGAAAUAACAAAAAGGAAUACAAAUAUAUCUGUCAACGAUAUCACAUCUGCAGAAGCGACAAAAGUUUCUCAUCUUUUCUGGGUGAAUUCACAUCAAUAAUGGCGGCAUUAGAAUUGUCACAAUUAAAAAUAGCUAAUAACGCUUUAACUGAAGUUUUAAAAGAAACUGAUGUCAGCAAAGUAAUGAAUAAAAGCACAGAAGCAAAGUUCAAGAAAAUUAUAAAUAAUAUGGAAUUUAUGGACGGAUGGGCAAUGAAACCAGCAAUUAUAAUAUUGAAAAAUAUUUUUGUAAACAGAAAUAAACCUUUGCCGAUUCUAAGGGAGAUGAGAGUAUCUAUGUCCACGCUCACUGUACCAAUACAAGCAGUUAAUAAUAUAUUAGAUACUUUUGAUAUGGUUUUACAACCUACUCGACAUAACAAAUUGGAAUGGAGUCAAAUCAUUGACAGUUUCAAAGAAUGGCGUGAUGGGAAGAGAAGCGAUAUAUUACAAAUUGCACAGCGAUUGGUCAGCCAUAUGGAAAAAGGGGUUGACUUAAUGGAUCCAGCUACAUGCGAUCAGAUGAAAAAGGACUUCAAAGCCAUAUAUCCUAAAGUAUCAAAAACUGAAUAACGCAUUAUGAAAUACACAUCUACACAUAAUACAAUGACUAUAAAUACAAAUACAUGUUUUGUAGAAAUAAUUAUGUACUUAAGUUGUGAUUUUUUUAAUAAUUCGAGUUGUUUCUACCUUAUAAAAAUAAAAUAAUAAAUAAGGUAUAUAACCUUUUGGGUAUAACCUUUAAAAAAAAACAAAAUUGGCCGACUCAUCUUUAUGUAAUCGAGUACCAAUAUUGAAACUAAUUAAGCCAUUUAUGGUCUUCAUUUAUCGUUCUUCAGCUACACCCCCACCAAAUGUUGCUUUUCGGAAGCAAUUACUCAAGUAACUAUAAAAUAUAUGUAAAUCUCUAAAUUUUAUAAGUAAUUUGUAGACUUCCUCGAUUUCUCCAGGAUCUCAUCAUCAAAUCUUGGUCUGGUAAUUAUGGAAUUAAAGAAAUAUCUAUAAUGAAAAAAAAAUCUAAUCGGUCUAUGCAACUUUUAAGUAUUCGUGUAAUAGCAUAUUGCCAAUACUGAGACCAUUAAUGGAUGGCAAUUGUGAAAAAUAUUGAAAUCAGUACAAGUAAACCUAUAAAAUUCGAAGAGUUCCCUAGAUUUCUUCAGGAUCCCAUCAAAUUUAGAUUUAGUGACUAUGGAACCAACUUGCAAGUAUACUUGGGCAAGCCCAAAAAUGGCUUGACGAUGUCAAGGAGAAUAAUAUGUGUGUUAAUGGUUUGACUACAAGAAUGCCAAAGAUCGUGCGAAGUGCAAAAGGAGUCUACACUCCUUAAAAAUUAAAAAGUAAAGAAAAGCACUAAUUUUUUAAAAGUAUUUUCUGUUUUAUUCGUAUAGUUAUAACUAGAAUAAACGUGUUUGUAUUAUUCAAAACAAUUUCUACUUUCAAAUAAAAUGUGUCGUAAAAAUUUUACAACUAUUAUUGUAAUACGUAAAGUAAAAUAUUGGACGACCAACCUCUAAACAAUUCAUACAUGUACUUAGGAAAAUCAAAUUUAGUAACCAUGACUAUUCAAAUUGUCAUUAAAAUUUCGCUUCUUUUAAGUUAGAUACAAAACAAAGAUAAUAAAUGUUAUUGACGUAACUUCUUGAUCGAAAAAAAGUGAUGGUGCAAGGUGUAACAUGCAAUUUGCAACAUUUUUACUACUAUUUUAUCCAUUCUGUAUAAGUAUUAUUAAAGGUGUGAAUAUUGAUAUUCAAGGGAUCAUAAAUUUUGAUAUUAAUGCUAAUUUAGAUGAAUCCACAUCCAGCGGUAACAAGAGAAAAGAUAACAAUAAAUAUAGCGAUUCAUCGUCAGAAUAUUCUAAUAAAAUGACAAAGAGAGAUCUAAAAAACAGUAGAAAGCUAAUUAAAAAGUUACUCAAUGAUGCAAAUUUUCGAGAAACAAAACCUUAUAAAAUUAAAGAAAUUGAAGAUUUAAAUAAUUUCACUAGCAAAGUCUUGAAAAGAUCUCUUAGAACUUUAAAGAAAAUCAAUGAUCAUGUGGACAAUAGACUAAAAUCAAAAGUAAAGCGGUUAGCUGUUAUGUAUCAAGUAAAAUUUAGCCAAUAUCUGAAUGAAUCACUAGACCACACAAUACGGACACGAUUUGGGUUACAGAAAUUUAUGUUGAAUACUUUAAGGACAUCAGAUAAUAUUUUACAGAGACUAAAGAACAAUUUGUUAUACGAAUUAGACAAAAGUCAUAACUUGGGAAUUAGAAGCAAUACAAGUGAAUAUAUAGAUAAACAUAUUAACGAGACCAAAUAUCUUCACCUACAAUACAUUUGUAUGAAUUACAAUAUCUGCAAUAGUGAAAUAAGAUUUUCAACGUAUUUAGCAAAUUUAGCUUUCAUGUUAACUCAUUCUACGAAUAUUACUAAAAUGAAGGUGCAAAAAAGUUUCAUUGAAAAUAUUUUAUUUGUAACAGACUUAAGCAAUAUUAUGGAUGAUACUACAAUGGUGAGUUUUUACAAGAUUCUUGAUUAUAAUGAGACGUGGAGUGAUGAUAAAAUAAGAGAUACAUUUCAUACGGCUAUGGAAAUACUAAUGAAUCCAACAAAACCUAUUGAGAGUAGCGGUAUAGAGACUUCCGGAUAUAUAAUACCUACGAUUGAAAUAAUAACAAUAUUAGACAGAUAUAUGAAACCGACUGAUACCAGUAAAGUGGGAUGGAACAAUAUGGCUAAAAUUUACUCUAGAUGGGUUAACGAGAAAAUCGAUGAUACAGUUGUGGGUGAUAUUACUGUAGUCAUAAUAGAUGACAUAUUGGUAGCUAUCAGUUAUUUUAAUAGAGAUCUUUUGGAUUAUUUCAAGAGACAAAUUGCUUUAAUAUGUCAAUACUAUGAUGUUGAUAAAACUUUUAGGCGAUUCCGGAACUUGAUAUCAGAUAAAAAAAUUUAUAGAUAAAUGUUUACUGAAAUAAAAUGACUAAUAUAUGUAAUAUAUAAUUAGGUAUGUAAUAUCUAAGAAUUUUAAUAUUUUUUGUACGAUACAAAUAAUAUUUGAAUUCCUAAAACAAUUUUAGAUGUCAAUAGGUGAGUGAUAGUGAUCACUGGUGGUGUAAUGUAUGUUGUUAUGUUCUUUAGUAUACUAUAUUGCUUCAUAUAACUUAUUUUUUUACAAGUUAUUCAAUCUGUACUCAUUAUUAAUCAAUCCCACCAAAAACCCGUGGUCCAACGUCGUAACGAUCGGACGAUAAGAACUAUUUACCAGUCUAUGCGUUUACAUGUCUAAUGCAUUAUUUAAAAUGAUAAUUGCAUCGCCUUAGCAUUUACAUGUGCGCAAUCUAGCACGGUGGUUUGUUAAUCUUUUAAUAGAAUUAACCCGGCGACGACAGUGUCACUACAAAAUAAUGACAAGAUCACAGAAAAACUGGAACAGAAAUAUGCUACUUUUUGGUGUAAUAAAUUAAAAUCUUGUGAA